AUGUCUGAAUACACUAUAAUUAACGACUACCCGAGGCUUAUCAUUUUUAUAACAUCAAAUUCAUCUUGUAAGACAUGUGAACAUUGCUUGUUCGUUAAUAUCCCGACGUUCACCGAUUAUUUAGAUAAACAUGAACUUAAAAAGAAGGUGCCAAACUGCUUUGUUAUUUUUCGGUGUGCUUUAACUUGGUCACGCCAAAAAACUUGGAAAUGCGCCAAUUCGGGAUGUCUUCUCCACACAUCACUCGAUCGAAACGGAUGUUCCAAGCUGGCUUCGAAUAUUUGGAAGCAAUUAAAUACAGAAACUAAAAAUCUGUUCAAGGAGCUAUAUAAACAAUUAGUUGCGUUUAAUACAACUUUACCGAAUACUAAUACUGAAUAUUCCUUAAACACAGCACCAAAUUUGCUCAACUAUUUUGAUAACUUUUGGGGCUAUUAUUAA